UAGACGAUAAAACCUCGAUAAAUUACACAAUGCGGCUUGUUUUUUCUGGUAAUUCUGUUUUUAAACGUCUGCUUCACACGGAAAUUGCCGGAAAGUAUGCUAAGCAGCAGCCACGAAACCUCAAAGGACGAAGCAAGAGCUCCCAGGAAUGGCUCACCCGUCAGCUGGCCGACCCGUACGUGGAGAAGGCCCGCAUGAUGAACUAUCGCUGCCGAAGUGCCUUCAAACUUUUGGAGAUCGAUGACAAAUACGGGAUCCUGCGACCCGGGGACACAGUUUUGGACUGUGGAGCAGCACCCGGCAGCUGGAGCCAGGUAGCCGUGGAGCGGACCAAUGCCAACGGAAAGCAGGAGCGGGCACCACAAGGUGCCGUCUUCAGCAUUGAUCUGUUGCAUUUCCAUGCUGUGCCGGGAGCCACAAUCUUCGGUGGCAUGGAUUUUACCUCCUCCCUUGCGCAAAAGCGACUCAAGGAGUCCUUACAGGAGCGAAAGGUAAACUGCGUGCUGUCCGACAUGGCACCGAAUGCCACUGGAGUAAGGAUGUUGGACCAGGAGAGUAUCACGAACCUCUGCUACGAGGUACUCCGCUUCGCAUUGGCCAUGUCCGCUCCGCAGGCUCAUCUGGUAGUCAAAGUGUGGGACAACGGCGAUGUACCCAAGCUGGAGCGCGAUAUGCUUAGGUUUUACGAGAAAGUUAAGCGUGUCAAACCUCGCGCUAGUCGCGGAGAUUCCGCCGAACACUUCCUGGUGGCCCGAAACUUUAAGGGAACAACAGAUAGUUAAUUAUUAAUGGUAGUAUUUGAAAUAGUAAAGUACGUAUUGUUGAAUAUUUGUUUAGUUAAUGUUAAAAAUAAAUGAGAGAGAUUUCUACCUA